AUGAAAUGAUUUUGUCCUUAUUAGUCAUUCAUAAAAUCGGGUGGAGCAGCUAGGUUUUGGUGUCCGCCUAAGCCCCUUCUUCUCGCUCGGUACACUCUUAUUGCUAUCCGCUGUUCACACCCUCCCUCUCACAUGUCAAACCUCAAGCUACCCAUCUCCCUCUGAAACACUUUUUCUCCCCUUUCCUUUUUUUACACCUUUCACUGGUAGGUCAUAUUGCCAGAGGAUUUUGGCUAUAAUGACUGCAUCUGGGUUGAGUGGUUGUCCCACAAGAUGUCCACAGCUACCUUUUCAUCCCAUGGGAUCACGCCAUGCCCGGGUUAUGGCCUUCUCUGUGGCUGGGAGAAAUAAACAAGGGAUAGCAUUUCGUCAAGUGGAAAGAACGAGUUUUUUGUCUCCUAUAUUAAAAUGCAAUAGACAACUUCAGUUGGUCAAAAGUGCCAUGGAUGCUUCAUAUGGUGAUAUGUCAAAUGAUUCUGCUGCUGUUUUUCCAAGAAUUAAUGUGAGGGACCCAUAUAAACGACUUGGAAUAAGCAAGGAAGCUUCUGAAGAUGAAAUUCAAGGAGCAAGGAACUUCCUGAUUCAAAAAUAUGCAGGACACAAGCCAAGUGUGGAUGCUAUUGAGUCAGCACAUGACAAAAUAAUCAUGCAAAAGUUCUAUGAACGGAAAAACCCAAAAAUUGACAUUAAGAAAAAAAUGAGGGAAGUCAAUCAAUCCAAAUUUGUGCAGGCUGUCAGAGGCAGAUUUCAAACUCCAUCUACAAAAUUCAUUAUAAAAACUUCAAUAGCAUUCUUGGUACUUGGAGUUUUGACUGUCCUCUUUCCAACUGAAGAAGGGCCAACUCUUCAGGUAGCAAUAUCUCUGAUCGCCACAAUAUAUUUUAUCCAUGAACGGCUGAAGAGCAACAUACGAGCUUCGCUAUAUGGGGUUGGAGCAUUUGGUAUUUCGUGGCUGUUGGGAACCUUCUUGAUGGUGUCAGUAAUUCCUCCUAUUACCAUACUUAAGGGACCAAGGGCAUUUGAAGUGAUCUCAUCACUGAUAACAUAUGUUCUAUUAUGGGUUUCAUCGACCUAUCUUAGGUGAAGAGGGUUUUAAAGCCGAAGACCAGUUUUUGCAGAAGAAGUUCACGAAAUUUUAUGGCCGACCUUGUUUAGAUGUCAAAUUAUAGCUUAAAGGAGAAAAAAAAUGACAUACAUUAUUUUGUUGAAUUAACAGUUGUUUUGUCUUUUUAGAUUAAAUAUUUGAAUUAGCAAACGUACUGGAAUGUUUUAGAAGCGGAAAUGAAUGUGUUUUUUGUUCAGUUUGGAUAUGAAAGUUUUGGCUUUCAAAUUUUACAUAUAUCCGUUUCAAA